AUGGGCCCGCCACCGCGCGAUACCUCCCCGCCCGCGCCAGGCAUCCUCUCCAACGUCCUCUCCUUCGUCUCCCGCGAGUUCGAGUCCUUUGUGCACACCGCCACCGGCGCCGAGCCCAAGCCCAAGGUCCGUCCUCUCCCUCUGCCGCUACUGAUCGCCUGCACAACGGACGUGUUGAACCCGCAGGCUGUCCCGCGCACUAAGCACGACGCCGACCAGGAGAGGCCCGCGGAUGCGCGCAAGAGCAAGAGCAGGAGCAGGAGCGACGCGCGGAGACGCUCCCCGCGCGACCGCUCCCGCGCAGAGAGCCGCCGCCGCAGAUCCGCCUCGCGCAGCAGACGGCGCAGCUCGAGCGCAUCGCACGCCGACUCCGAGAGCGAGUCACCUGCGCCCCGCCGGCGCACGCGCAGCCACCGCUCCCCGCCGCCCCGAUCCCGCUCGCGCUCCCCGCUCGAGACCGAUGACCGUCGCGAGCAGGAAGGCUUGAUGCCCCCUCCGCCGCCUGCGGCUUACCGCCCGCGGUCGGGCACCACCAUGCCCGGCUCGCUCUUUCCGCGCUCGCCGUCGAUGAUGCCCGACUCCCCGCCGCUACCCGUGCCAGGCCCUGACGACCGCCGCGUGCGCUUCGCCUCGCGCGACCCCAGCUCGACCCCACAGCCGGCGGCUGAGGAGCCCGAGGUCAGGCCAUCCCCGGAGAUACGUGGUGACGCGCGGAGGAGGGAGGGACGCCGGCGCGAGGUCACCCCGGAGGACGAGCCGCAGGCUGGGCCGUCGCGCGUGGAGGAGAGAAGGAAGAAGAAGAGGAGGAAGAGGGCGGACGACGAACGCCCGUCUUCGGGCGGCGCUGCGUCCGUCCGAGAUGGUGCCGAGGACGCGGCGCUUAUGCCCCCGCCCCCAUUGCCCAAGGCGAGGGAGAGAAUGUGCACGAAAGAGAAGAGGAAGGGAAGAGCGCUUUCAUCAGGUACCGAGACAGACGAGAGCGAUACCCCGCGAGACGAGGACGGUGCUGACGAGGACGCGGUGCUUAUGCCCCCACCCCCACUACCCAAGGCAAGGGAGAAAAUAUAUACAAAAGAGAAGAGGAAGAGGAGAGAGCCUUCACCAGAUCCCGAGAGAGACGAGGGCGAUACCCCACGAGACGAGGACGGCACCGACUUCGUUGACAGGGACGCGGCACUUAUGCCCCCACCCCCACUACCCAAGGCAAGGGAGAAAAUAUAUACAAAAGAGAAGAGGAAGAGGAGAGAGCCUUCACCAGAUCCCGAGAGAGACGAGGGCGAUACGCCACCAGACGAGGACGUUCCGACCAAGUCUGCGAAGGCAAAGGGCAAGGAGCGCGCGUGGGACACAUCUGGCGAGCUGCGCGUGCGCGGGAAAGAGCAGGAACUGCGCGCCGUGCGCGAGGCGAGCGUGCAGCCGUCGCGCGACUCCGAGGAGCGCGAGCGCGACAAGGCGCGCAUACGCAUGCUCGAGCAGGAGAUUGCACAGCUCAAGGCACAGCUCGCUGCUGCCGCGAGAACACAUUCGAGCCAUUCGUCGUCACUCAUGCCGCCUCCCCCACCUCCGCCUCCGCCCCCACCCAAUUCAUUCCCUCCCGCUCCUACCUUCCCCAUCCUCGGUCCGUCCCUCGCCGAACGUACGAGCACCUUCCUUGCUUCAGCACGUGCAGGCCUCAAGCCCACCACGCCGCCGGUUGAAGCCCCAAUCAACCCCGCGCGCACCCGCAAGGGCCACCCGACGGUGAACGUCCCGACGGACAAGAUGGCCGCGUUCCUGAGCGAGAUGAAGUCCGUACGAUUGCGCAAGGUCUCGGGCGGGAUGCUGCCUCCCGGUGCGGGCGCAGCGUCGCGCAGUGCGAGCGACGGCUCCAGCAGAUGGGCGUACGGCGAGCGCUCCUUUGAUGUGGGUGCGGCGAGGAUUGGGGAAAAGAGGAAGCGGGAGGGCGCUGCUGGGGAAUCUUCGUUGCCCUCGAAGAGGCGUUUCACGACCUUCAGCCUUCCGGACACAAGCGGCGACGCUUCCUUCACAUCCUCUUCCUCCCGGGCCCUACAUGAUGCACGCCAGCCCGCGCCUGGCCCGUCAUCGUUCUUACAAUCGUACCCGGGGCCUCAGGGUAUACCCCCACGAGGCUGGCCGUCGAUAUCGACGACCGAGACGGACAUCACCACGCCGUCGCUGUGCUCCGACAAUGAGAAUGAGCCUGAAGGCGACAGCGAGGAGCGGCUCCCACCCACACCGCCCGCCGCGACGCACGAGGCCAACGUCGAAGCGGCGCAAGCCAAGGACCCCCCUCCACGGCGGCGAAAAUCAGCACCCCCACCACCGGGCUCCGAGAUCAUCGACGUCGACAUGGAGCCCUCACCUGAGCCCCCACAGAUCGUACAUCCGCUGCCCGAGUCCGGCCACAAAGCCUCACCGUCGCCCGAGCCUGAUGUGUCGCAGGUACGAAACACGAGAGCACAAGGCGACUCCAUCCACCCGCCCUCACGCGACCCUUUCGCGCGGCGCGUACCCAGCUCGCCCCUUCCCGCCGACACGCCGCGCAAGCCCCGCCCGCCUGCGCGUGCCCGCGCGAAGCCCAUGCGCGUCGUCAGCGCGGAUGAGGACGUCUCGGGAAGCGACGACCCGCUCUCACUGCCGCUGUCCCCGCGUCUCGUGCCCGUCGGCCUACACGCCAGUUCGGACACGGCGCCUGACCGACCGCCGCCCAAGAAGAACAGGAGGAAAGAGGCUUCGCGCCUGCCUGUAGCGGCGCGAGCUCCUGUUCCUGUCUCUGUCCCUGCCCCUGCAUCUGUGCUGUCCCGCAAACUGAGCGUGUCCUCGACGCAUAGCGCGCCGGCUGUUGGCAGCAGCAUGCGCAGGCGGCGACGGCGUACCCUAGAUCAAGAAUUGCAACGUGCGGGUGACGCCCUCUGGACGGAAGGCGAUGCGGACGGUGAGGUGAAGGCAGAGGCGGAGAUGGAGAGCGGCGAGCUCGUCGGCGUCGGGAUGCGCAGUACCAAGCGCGGGUUCCUGAAGGGCGGCGGCGCCGGAGGUAUGCCAGUGUUCAUGGGUGUGGGGUAUGUCGAGGGCGCAGAGGAGAGCACGGAGGAGAGGGAGGAGGACGAGGAGUAUGUGCCGCAGAGGAGGAAGGUUAGGGCGAGGAGGUGA